AUGCCCGCCGGCGCAGACGACCGCGCCGUGUGGUCGCUGCUCGUCGGCUACUUUUCGAGCUUCUCCCUGGGCGAAAGCUUGCUACGCCUGCACCGGUUCCGCGUCGCGCGCUCGGGUCGUGUCCUUGGCCGGAGCAGCGAUGCCCUCGAGAUCUGGGACGACGUCGACUACGACUACGAAGCCAAGGACGCAUCGUCGCACGUCUCCAGUGCGCGCGCGACGCCGGGCCCCGACGGCCGCUCGCUCUGCCUCUUCUGUCGGGAAAUAUGGCUCGACGAUCUCGACCACAUCGUGUCCGCUCGGCCCCUGCAGCUGAACCUGAACCUGGGCGCCGCCGACGACGACAGAGGAAUCACCGUAUCCCCCCUUCCUGGCCUACCGCCAGAACUGAAGCCGGGCAUGCCUACCCGCCCAAUCUCAGCAGCCGGCCAUCUCUGGGCGCCGUACCUCACCAUCACCAAACACUAUGACCCGUCCCGCCUCGAGAUGCUACGGCUACGCCUUGAUAAGGAUGACGGUUUGUGGGUGGAGGUCGCUAGCAUCGACUUGCCACGGCGGAAGGAUCAAGGAUCUUUGGCCGGCCGCCGCGUCCUGCAGGGAUAUGCCGUGGUCGGCAGCACCAUCUUGCUAGACUGUCGAUGCAACCGUCUCACCGCUUCUUCACCUUCGAUUGCUCCACCAACACCUUGGCUUCCGUUGCCACCACCGAGGAGGGCCGGAACUCCAGUUACACCCCAAUUCAUGAGCGUGGUGUUCCAAGGCAACAAUGGGAGCAAACAUGAGAUGUUUGUUCCGGAACAUGUCAACAUUCUGCAUUCCACCUGCCCCCAGUUAGACAUGUCCCCAAGCAAACCCAAUGACAUUUCCGAGUUCUGCUUCCUGCAGAGGAUCUUAAAUGGGAUUUCAUAUUGCCAUUCUCUUGUGCUAGAUGACUCUGCUAUCCAGAUCAACAAAGCUCUAUAUAUUAUUUGCCAAGUUGCUUCUCGUUCAACUGUGUAUAAGAUCACUAUAUCGGAUGGAAGAUUGGGUUGCCAAGGCAAGACUCUCACACAGUCACACCACAUUGCGCUGUGGACACGAGAUGGGAGAUUUGCUGCUUAUGAGAUAACUGAACAAGGUGAUUCUUACUACCUCGGUGAUGAGAUUAGUCGGCCGUUUUCAUGGCGUAUAUUUUGGGAGAUUGAUAGAACGUGCUUUGAUUAUGUUGGCAAAGACACAAUCUCUGGUGCCAUUAUGUUUUAUGUGGUGCAAGGUGGUGAUUAUAACCGUCGCGGUGGUUCUCCAGAUAAGCUAUUUAUCACCACCGUUCAGGUUAAAACUGAACGAACAUAUAAUGGGUUCAAAAAGGAUUUGGACCAGCUUUUGUUUCGUACCCCCGGAGAAAAGGGACACCAGCCGGCUACAAGAAAGGGACUCCCCAGAAGAAGAAUGCAAUCACAUUUCAUGGGGAAGAAGGAAGUGACAACCAUGAGAGUCGCCAUGGCCGGUGCGUGCAGACGCACCCUGAUCCUGCCAGAGAUGCCCACCUUCAAGAUCUUCUGCAAGUCCGAGUCCGACGAGGGGUGCUGCCUCGCCCUCCGUGAUGGCACCCUUGUCCCCGCCGACUCCCCCGACGAGCACCAGCACUGGUUCAGGGACACGCGCCUCAGCAUAGCGAUGAAGGAUGAGGAGGGCAACCCUGUCUUCUCCCUCGUCAACAAAGCAACCAAUCUUGCCAUCAAGCACUCCCUUGGCAUGAACCACCCGGUGAGGCUGGCGAAGUUCAACCCGGACAACUAUGACGAGUCGUUGCUGUGGACGGAGAGCUGCGACUUGGGCAAGGACUUCGGCUACAUUCGCAUGGUCCAUGACAUCAGCCUGGGCUUGGACGCCAUCCGUGCUGGUGGUGGCGUGCAUAUGCCAGACACAGACAGCACCACCGUGGUGCUCUCCAAGCGGGCCGAGAGCGAUACCCAGAGCUGGAAGAUCCUCUACUGGGAUGACGAAGCCAAUGCGACCUGCGGCGGACUUUACGCCAUGCCCACCUGCCGCAUCCACAACAAGGGUGGCGAGGGCUUUAGCCUCGCAGUCCGCGACGGUGCUGUCUGCCUCGUGCCCAGCAACCCUGCCGACAAGUACCAGCACUGGAUCAAGGACACGAGGUACGGAAACAGAAUCAAGGACGAGGAAGGCUAUCUCGGAUUCGCUCUCAUCAACAGAUUCAGUGGCGAGGCCAUCAAGUUCUUCUCCGGCUUAACUGAUCAAGGUUUUCUUUUCUUGCUUGUUUAUUAUGUUCCAAAGGUGAAGCUCGUGCCGUACAAUCCGAACUACGUGGACAAGUCGGUGUUGUGGACGGAGAGCUGUGAUGUGGAGCAUGGCUUCCGGUGCAUCCGCCCGUUGGAUAGCAUCAACCUCAACUUCCAUGUCUUCCUGGAUGACAAGGACCAUGGCACCAAUGUCGCUCUCAGGCAUUGGUCCGAGUGCGACAACCAGUGCUGGAACUCUCAGGCAUUGGUCCGAGUGUGA